CCAGCCACCCCGAGACUCCCCACGCGACAGGCAGCGUCUCCUCCGGUCUCACAGACACCCCGGGCUGGAGCGUGGGGAGGGGGUAAGGGAGCCAGCCAACUCGGAGAAACUUCGUCGCCAGAGAUGACUGGGGUUUUCGGGCUUUCCCAGCCUUCCCAUGCUGGACCACACGGCAUUCAUUAAAGUGGUGCAGCAACUAUUGCUGCGCUUUGGCCAGACAGGUUUUGAGCUGCAGAGACCCGUGCGCCCGACAACAGCGCUUUGCCACCCAGUGCACUGAGGGCCGGGUCUUCUGCUGGGGGACGACGAGCGCGGGGAGACUUUGCGCCACGAUGUUUUGUUUUCCUGCCGCAGGAAAGCUAGGCAGUCUGUUUCCACCGGACUUAAGCCGCCUGAAGCAAUAGCCAUGGAAGUUGCAGCGGCACAGAGGGAGACCGAGCCGCUUGGCGCGGCAUCUUUUUUGGAUGUUUUUUCUCUACACAGACGACUUCUUUCCUUCCUUGGUGGCCGUUCCCGCAGCAGCACCGGUGUGCCAGCCCAAGAGUGCCACUAACGGGCAACCCCCGGCUCCGGCUCCAACUCCAACUCCGCGCCUGUCCAUUUCCUCCCGAGCCACAGUGGUAGCCAGGAUGGAAGGCACCUCCCAGGGGGGCUUGCAGACCGUCAUGAAGUGGAAGACGGUGGUUGCCAUCUUUGUGGUUGUGGUGGUCUACCUCGUCACUGGCGGUCUUGUCUUCCGGGCAUUGGAGCAGCCCUUUGAGAGCAGCCAGAAGAAUACCAUUGCCUUGGAGAAGGCAGAAUUCCUGCGGGAUCAUGUCUGUGUGAGUCCCCAGGAGCUGGAGACAUUGAUCCAGCAUGCCCUUGAUGCUGACAAUGCGGGAGUCAGUCCAAUAGGAAACUCCUCCAACAACAGCAGCCACUGGGACCUCGGCAGUGCCUUUUUCUUUGCUGGAACUGUCAUCACCACCAUAGGGUAUGGGAAUAUUGCUCCGAGCACUGAAGGAGGCAAAAUCUUUUGUAUUUUAUAUGCCAUCUUUGGAAUUCCACUCUUUGGUUUCUUAUUGGCUGGAAUUGGAGACCAACUUGGAACCAUCUUUGGGAAAAGCAUUGCAAGAGUGGAGAAGGUCUUUCGAAAAAAGCAAGUGAGUCAGACCAAGAUCCGCGUCAUCUCAACCAUCCUGUUCAUCUUGGCCGGCUGCAUUGUGUUUGUGACGAUCCCUGCUGUCAUCUUUAAGUAUAUUGAGGGCUGGACGGCCUUGGAGUCCAUUUACUUUGUGGUGGUCACUCUGACCACGGUGGGCUUUGGUGAUUUUGUGGCAGGGGGAAACGCUGGCAUCAAUUAUCGCGAGUGGUAUAAGCCCCUAGUGUGGUUUUGGAUCCUUGUUGGCCUUGCCUACUUUGCAGCUGUCCUCAGUAUGAUCGGAGAUUGGCUACGGGUUCUGUCCAAAAAGACAAAAGAAGAGGUGGGUGAAAUCAAGGCCCAUGCGGCGGAGUGGAAGGCCAACGUCACGGCCGAGUUCCGGGAGACACGGCGAAGGCUCAGCGUGGAGAUCCACGAUAAGCUGCAGCGGGCAGCCACCAUCCGCAGCAUGGAGCGCCGGCGGCUGGGCCUGGACCAGCGGGCCCACUCGCUGGACAUGCUGUCCCCCGAGAAGCGCUCUGUCUUUGCCGCCCUGGACACUGGUCGCUUCAAGGCCUCAUCCCAGGAGAGCAUCAACAACCGGCCCAACAACCUGCGUCUGAAGGGACCGGAGCAGUUGAACAAGCAUGGGCAGGGCGCGUCUGAGGACAACAUCAUCAACAAGUUCGGGUCCACCUCCAGACUCACCAAGAGGAAAAACAAGGACCUCAAAAAGACCUUGCCCGAGGACGUUCAGAAAAUCUACAAGACCUUCCGGAAUUACUCCCUGGACGAGGAGAAGAAAGAGGAGGAGACGGAAAAGAUGUGUAACUCGGACAACUCCAGCACAGCCAUGCUGACAGACUGUAUCCAGCAGCACGCUGAGAUGGAGAACGGGAUGAUACCCACGGACACCAAAGACCGGGAGCUGGAGAACAACUCAUUACUUGAAGACAGAAACUAAAUGUGAAGGACAUUGGUCUUGGACUGAGCUGUGUGUGUGUGUGUGUGUGUAUGUGUGUGUUUUUAAUAUUCACACUGAGACACGUGCCUUAAACAGACUUAUUAGUCCAAAAUUACAUAGCAUUGAAGAAUAUAUUUCACUGUGCCAUAAACAACUGAAAGCUUGCUCUGCCAAAAGGAAUCAGAGAACAAGAACUUCAUUUCCGAUAGCAACCACAGGACACACCAAGAGUGUCCGUGCACGUAGCCGGUUCUGGCCGUACAUGUUAAGGGCAUUGCAGUGGCAGUCUGUACCCCUGGGCAGUGCCACCUGGGCACACACGUAGACAAGGGCAGCUAUACUUUAGACCAGCCUCCUGAAAGAAACAGUUGUGUCUUUUUAGUGGAGUUGUUAGUAAUAUGUGCACAUGCAGAAGGGGACCUGAUUGGGGGUGAACUGGUUAUGUGUAACAAGGGUUGGAGUUGACAUUUUGGCAUGUACUCUGAGCUUGAAUUUUGAUACAAACCAUUCAGUGCAUCAUACCUAGUCUUUCUAUGCUCCAAAUGAAUGUCUGUGGGGACUUGAGAGCACCUGGAAUUUGUUGGAAGCAGAUCAGAGCACACGUAUUAAAAGGUGCAAUUGCUUUUCUCAUGACAAAAGAAAAAAAGAUAACCACAAACACAUCACACUGUGGAUACCACCUUAACCAAUGACAGAAGCCUGCUGAGUCUGGUCUUUCUCACAGGGGUAGGUAGUCCACAUGAACUGGUGAGCAGUGGUGAAA